ACUUUUUUGUUUAUGAAAAAAAGUUACACAGCUAAUAUCAACAAUUAAAUGGAGAACACUGAUUAAAUCCUUGAGAUUUAAUUAAGAGACAUAGAUAUAUACUUUUUAACUUUUAAGUUACAUGCGCAUUAAUUAUAGAAAGUUAAGGAGCAAUAUUCUUAUUAAUGCCAAACACCUCGAGGAUUGUUAAUAAUUUUUCGGACUCGCGCAAGAACGGGUCGAUAUAGGGGUUGACGCGUGCGCUGACGUCCGACGCCGCGUCGGGACGCCGUACCUUCCGUAUUUACGGUACAGCAAAAACCCUGGUGCAGGGGUAAAGAGUGAACGGUAGGACGUCGAGGAGAAAUAUGUUUGAGCUCUACGGUGUCGGUAAGGAUGGCAUGGUGUAUCGCUCGCCGCCUCCCAGAAGAAAGGAAGUCGACAUUCUUUCGGAGACAUGCCUGCAGCUCUCGUCGCCGGAAUUCAUGAGAAAAUUGCCCAACGGCGAUGCACUUCACCACAUCAAGGACACGGGUGUCUCGACUUCCUUCAACAAGGCUAAAGAACCACCAAGAGAGAGCAGAGGCAGUGCCGUGAGAAGAUGGAUGGUAAUGACUGGAUUCUUCUUCCUCGGAUGUGCCUUAGUGGCCGGAGUAGGUCUGCCUCUCGCCUUGGAGCUCCGGAGCUCUCAUCUGCUGGAAGCUAGACUGCAGGUGGUCCGAAGAAUGCUCUCAGAGGUCCCGCUGAUCGAUGGGAACAACGACUUCGCCUGGAACCUGCGCAAGCAUCGUGGCAGCACGAAGCUGGGUAACUUCCCCUUCGACGAGGAUCUGUCGCGCAACAGCAGCUGGGGUCCCCAGUGGCAGACCGACCUGAUCCGCCUGGAGCAGGGGAUCGUCGGGGCGCAAUUCUGGUCGGCCUACGUGCCGUGCGAGGCCCAAUUCCUUGACGCCGUGCAGCUCACCCUCGAGCAGAUCGACAUCGUGCGCCGGCUCACCGCGCGCUACCCCAAGCGCAUCCGGAUGGUGAGGACGAGCGACGAGCUGGAGCAGGCGCACCGGGACGGGGUGAUCGCCAGCCUGGUCGGGAUAGAGGGUGGCCACAGCAUCGGUACCUCCAUGGCGGUGUUGAGGAGCUUCCACCGGCUGGGCGCGCGUUACAUGACCCUGACCCACAAGUGCAAUACUCCAUGGGCGGACUCGUGCUCCGUGGACGAUCCGAACUCGGACGCACCCUCCGAUUUCCACAGCGACGGUCUCUCGCCGUUUGGCAAGGCGGUCGUCCGGGAGCUGAAUCGGCUCGGCAUGCUCGUCGAUCUCUCUCACGUCUCGGUGAGGACGAUGAGGGACGCCCUCGCCGUAACAAAGGCGCCCGUUAUAUUCUCGCACAGCGCCGCCAAGGCUCUCUGCAACUCCUCGAGUAACGUCCCGGAUGAUGUGCUACGGAAUUUGUCUCUCAACGGUGGUCUGGUUAUGGUCAGUUUCGACAGCGCGCAUUUAAGCUGCAGCGAUAAGGCCUCCAUGUACGACAUCAUAGCUCACAUCAAUCACAUCAGACUAACAGCUGGUGUGAACCACGUGGGCCUCGGUGCGGGCUACGACGGAAUAUUGAGGCCGCCGACGGAAUUGCCAGACGUUUCCGGCUACCCUUUGCUGCUGGCCGAGCUGACCAGGGAACGUAGAUGGUCCGCGACCGAUAUAAAGAAACUCGUGGGCGGAAAUCUGCUGCGCGUCUUCAAGGAAGUGGAGGAUCACGCGGCGACUCAGACACAUCAGUUUCCGGCAGAGGAGUGGAUUCCUCAGGAACUCAUCGAGGAUAGCGCCUACUGUAGAUACCACGACACAUAGAGAGCCGUCUCUUUCUCUUUCUCUCUUUCUCUUGAUCGUACGAUCGUUCCCGUCAUCGAAAUUGUCAUUGAUUUCCACGAGGUGGAUGAUUCUCUCUUAAAGAGGUAUGAUCGAAAAUUCAAACUGCUUCAAUUUGUUGAAAAUUAUAUAGAAAAUUAUUUAAAGCGAAGCUAAUAUGUAUAUGUUAAUAUAGCUUUUAAGAUAAUUUUUGAUGUGUUAAAGAAAUUUAGUAACGUUGUUGAAAAAAUGAUUUAAAAAUUGUUACAAAUAUAUUUAAGAUAAUUGAAAUGUAAGCUGUUGUAAAAUUUUAGGUAUAGGUAAUUGUUGAAACAUGUGCUAAGGUUUUUUUGUAACGUACUAAAGUAACGUAGCUGCCUAAUUGUAUGUACAGUCACAUCUAAUGUUUUUAACUGCAAAAUUAAAAAAUUAUAUAUAAACAAUAUUAAAAUCUUAUAAACAAUGAUGUAUAUCAAUACCAUUAAUUUAAUUUUACGCAAUCGAUGUAAAUAGUAAAAUGAAAUGAAUAAUAAUCUCAUGAGGUACACAUGCUAAAAUUUUAACAAUUUGUACUUAAUAAUGUAAGUUGUUUUUUGCUUAGAUUUGUAUCGAUCAUACCUUCUUAAAAAAGAGAAACACACUUUAUCAUCUUUGUACCUGGAGCGCUCCAACUGUUUUACAUUUUUAAUAAAGUAUAAUGUUCUGUUUACAUUUUUAAUAAAGUAGCAAUAAACUCUC